AGGAGGGCUCCCCGAGCCCGGCCCGAGCCCGGCAGCCCCGUCCUGGCUCGCAGCCCGAGCGCUCCCUCGCCUCAGCCGCGGCUGCCUUGCGUAAGGGCCCGGGCCGAGCCCAUAAAGGCCCGGCCCGCGGGCCCGGUGCCAGCGGCACCAUGGCAGCUGCGAGGGACACGGCGCUGCUGGCCUCGAUCCUCUUCCUCGGGGGCACGGCGCUGCUGGCCGCAGAACAACCAGAAGCGGAGACCAAAUACGGGAGAGUGCGAGGGUACCAGUUCAGAGUGGACACAGCAGAGAGGACUGUGAAUGUCUUUUUGGCACUUCCUUUUGCUAAGCCUCCCCUUGGAUCACUGAGGUUUUCUGAGCCCCAGCCCCCGGAGCCAUGGCAAGGUGUCAGAGAUGCCACUUCCUACCCACCAAUGUGUCUACAGGACCAAGUACAAGGACAGCAUUUUUCAGAUAUAAUUACCAACAGAAAAGAGAAAGUUCCUCUGCAAGUGUCUGAGGAUUGCUUGUACCUAAAUGUGUACACACCUGUUUCUGCAGGAAAACAGGAGAAGCUGCCUGUCUUGGUAUGGAUCCAUGGAGGUGGAUUAGUUUUUGGAGCAGCUUCGUCAUAUGAUGGCUCAGCAUUAGCAGCCUUGGACAACGUGGUGGUUGUAGCAAUUCAGUACAGACUGGGUAUUGCUGGGUAUUUUAGCACUGGUGAUGAGCAUGCCCGAGGUAACUGGGGAUAUUUAGACCAAGUGGCGGCUCUUCGGUGGAUUCAGGAAAAUAUCCUGCAUUUUGGAGGAGAUCCAGCAUCUGUCACCAUCUUUGGAGAAUCUGCAGGAGGAAUCAGUGUUUCUGCUCUUGUCUUAUCUCCCCUGGCCAAGGGCUUGUUCCACAAGGCCAUUUCAGAGAGUGGCACUGCAGCCCUGGGCUUGUUCACUGACCAGCCUAAGGAGGAUGCACAAAAAAUUGCUGCUGUCUCUGGCUGUGAAAAAUCCAGUUCAGCUGCAAUGGUUGAAUGCCUGAGAGGAAAAACAGAAGAAGAACUGCUACAGAUAACACUGAAAAUGGACAUGACAGCACUGCUGAUCUGCAAUGAGAGCUCACCUGACAAGUGCAAACAGGAUUUCUUUUUCAUCAGUGCAUGUGUAGAUGGUGCUUUUUUUCCAAAGAGUCCCAUGGAAUUACUAUCUGAAAAAUCAAUCAAUGAGGUCCCAUACAUCAUAGGAGUAAAUAACUGUGAAUUUGGAUGGGUAAUUCCUAUGAUGAUGAAAUAUCCUCCUUUUGUGGAUGGUCUGGAUAAAGAUGUUGCACGUCAGAUUUUACAGAGCAACUUAGCAGUAUUCAUCAAGGGCCUCACGUCUGAAGUUGUUGACAGAGUGUACAAGGAGUACAUGGGGGAUGCAGAAAGCCCUGCCCAGGUCCGAGAUGGCCUCCUGGAUGCAAUGGGAGAUGUCUACUUUGUCAUCUCAGCUGUGGAGGUGGCCAGACACCACAGAGAUGCUGGCAACCCAGUCUACUUUUAUGAGUUCCAACAUCGACCGAGUUCAGCGGAAGGUUUGGUACCAGAGUUUGUCAAAGCAGAUCAUGGAGAUGAGAUUGCCUUUGUCUUUGGAAAGCCAUUCUUAGCUGGAGGUGCUACAAAAGAAGAAAAUGAAUUCAGCAGAACUGUUAUGAGAUACUGGACCAACUUUGCUAAAAAUGGAAAUCCCAACGGAGAGGGCUUGGUCCAUUGGCCUCAGUAUGACCUGGAGGAAAAAUACCUGGGAAUAGACCUGGAGCAAAAGGCAGCAGAGAAACUGAAAGAACACAGAGUGGAGUUUUGGGCACAGCUCACGAAACAAAGUCAGACUGGAAGGAGAAAACACACAGAUUUAUAAGACCCAUGAAGGGUACAGUUUGCUUUAAAACCCAAAGGAAAGUGAGAGAAAAUGAGUUUGUCAGCAUAGAGAGUAAUAAUCACCUUCUAACUCACUGUUGUGUAAUCUGCUGUGCUAAUCACACUGGAGGGAGAGAAACAAGGGGCAUUUGGAAUGUUUGCCAGACUGAAAAUCACUAUUUAAUGAAGCAAGCAGAAAAAACCCCCACAAUCUUUCCAGGUCCAGACAGACAAUGGUUCCUACUCAGUGCAUAUCAAAAAUGAAUACUGAGGUGGGAAUGGGCAAAUGAACUGAAAUUGAUAGGAAAUGAUCAAUACAGAAUAUACCCUAAGUGUGAGACUAUUUUAUAUGCUUCUGCCCUUCUUCUUGCAGAAGAGCAUGGUCAGUUGUCCCUCCUAGAGACUCUUUCUGCUUUCUUUAACUGGAAAUAGCUUGUAGGCAGCAGAGCAUCCAUCAAACUGCGUCUGCACGGCUUAAGGCUCUUUCACAAACUCUUCUGGGCUGUGACUGUGUGUCCUUCCACCCUUCCUGGCAGAUGCAAAGGGGGAAGCAAAGGCUGGAGGUGCUUCUGCACGUUGUUGGCCCAGCACCACCAGAGAAGAUCUGCUGACAUGCAGACUGUGACCCCCAGCCUCCCACAGCUGGGUCUGGGGUCAGGGCACAGGGAGGGAAGUGCCUUUUUUGCCAAGUUACACGGCAAGCAGGAUACCAAGGAACAAUGGGGGAAGCCAGGAAGCCAGGAGAGCUCUCCUCAUGACCACAAACCAACAGCCCUACUCCAAGCACCCCUUCAGCUGGUGCCCAGCUCCCACAUCCCACAGCACCCAGGGGGCUCUCACAGGGACAGCCCAAGCUCCUGCUGCACGUGUUGACCCUUUGGAGGAGUCUUCUUCUUCCUCCUCACCUCUGGGAGCACUUGCUUUUGUACACCUGUGGAUCUCAAGCAGUGUCCUCUGCACUACCUGGCCACCCCCUUUGGUGCAUUUUCCAUACCUCCUGAAGAACACCACUUGUGGCAAUUAGUAACAGCUAAUUGCAGCAACCAUACUGCUAGUUCUGUCACACAUAUCUUACCCCUUCUCUUGUUUUGGUCUGACCCAGCCUUUAUGUCCAUUAGUGGUGUGUUUGUUGAAUCAAUGUGUCUGUCCCUGUACGUUCACACAAACCAUUAUCCUGACAAGACAGAAGAAAUCCUGUGUCUUUGGCAAUGCAAAGCCAUGAGUAGAACUCCUGGGUGGAAGGGAGGUCUCUUAUUAGGCACACAUGAUAACAAAUCCUUUCUGACUGUGUGAGAGGAAGUGCUCUGUCCAUCUCUGCAUUUUGAAGCCCAAAUAUUAAGACUGGUACACUGUCAAACAGCUGAGAAAGGAAUAACACCAUGGCCACAGUGAAUGGGCUACAUUUAAACAGCAGAUACUUCCAUUAUGUUCCAAACCUCAUUUUAUUUCAUAGCUUGAGUAUUCAUGGCCACUUGGUCCAGAUUCCCAGCUGCACCUAUAGUUGAAGAAAUUGUUAGCAGUAUAUUUACUGAUACUAUUCAGCAAGAACUACUGCUGUUCUGUUUUUCACAUUCUGUCAAUAAAAGCCUUAAUCUUU